AUGUUCAGUUCACUAAAAAGAGGGAAUGACUCAAGGGUAAUGGAAUUUGUCCUCCUGGGUCUGUCAUCCACCUGGGAGCUACAGCUACUCCUCUUCUUGAUCUUCUCCAUGUUCUAUAUGGCUAUUGUCCUAGGAAAUAUCUUGAUAAUAGUGACUGUGAAGGCUGAUGGCCACCUAAUUCAAUCUCCCAUGUACUUUUUCUUGGCCCACCUCUCUUUCAUUGACCUGUGCUUGGGCUGUGUCACAGUGCCCAAGAUGCUGGGAGAUUUUUUGCACAAGAAGAAGACCAUUUCUUUCCCUGGAUGCUUGGCCCAGAUUUAUUUCCUGCACUUCCUGGGGGCCAGUGAGAUGUUUCUGCUGACAGUCAUGGCCUAUGAUAGGUAUGUUGCCAUAUGCAAUCCUUUGCACUACUUGACAGUGAUGCACCGUCAGCUCUGCUUCAACCUGGUGGCUGCCUCUUGGUUUGGAGGCUUCCUGCACUCUAUUACACAGGUUUUGUUGGUGAUUCAGCUGCCCUUCUGUGGUCCAAAUGAAUUGGAUAACUUCUACUGUGAUGUCCCACAGGUGAUCAAACUUGCAUGUAUGGACACAUAUGUAGUAGAAGUGCUCAUGGUCUCCAAUAGUGGCUUGCUUUCACUCAUCUGCUUCUUGAUUCUGCUAUUAUCUUAUGCUGUCAUCCUAGCCACUCUGCGGACACGUUUUCGUCAGGGUCAGAGCAAGGCACUGUCCACUUGUGCCUCCCACCUGACUGUGGUUAGUCUGAUCUUUGUGCCUUGUGUCUUCAUCUACUUACGGCCCUUUUGUUCUUUCCCAGUGGACAAGGUGUUUUCAGUCUUCUAUACUGUCAUCACUCCUUUGUUGAAUCCUCUCAUCUAUACUCUCAGAAAUGCUGAGAUGAAGACGGCUAUGAGGAAGAUGAGGAAAAAGUAUACAAUCUCUUGCUGCUUGGCUAAAGGCUGA